AUGGUUGAUAUUUUGAAGACUUUGUGUCUAAGGUUUAAGGGUUUGCAGUUGGGUUGUUUUACGUUACGGUAUUCGCUGCCCAGUUAUCCGAGUUGUUUUCUAGAAACGGAUAGCGAUUUGGACAUGAUGAGGACAUUUUUGUUUGUAUCAAAUGAGAAGAGUGUUGAUAUUUUAGUGAAGGAUUUAUGCGGAAGCAGUGAAUAUAGUGGUGAUUUUUGUGUAAAUAAGGAGUUGAUUGCAUGUGAAAAGGGCGAGUCGUCGUGUUCUAGUACUGUCGAAGACAGAAAUGAAUUUUUGGGCAGGUCGAAGAGAGCAAGUGCUAAGCCUUUGUUGUCGAAUGAGUGGGAGACAUACAUACAUCAUGUAGGGCAGAAGUUUGACGGUGGUGCAGAGGAGUUCCGUUUGAAAUUGUGCAAGUACGCUCUUGAAGUAGGAUUUAAUUUUUUAUAUGCCGGCAAUGACAAGAAGCGGGUGGUUGCUAUUUGUUCGAAUAAGAAAUUGGAGGGUUGUAGCUGGCGUGUUUAUGCUUCUCGUUGUGAAGCUACUGGCUGUUUUGUAAUUCGGACAUUAAAUAAUGUGCAUACAUGUGUGGGUCGGAUACGGGAAUCAAAGAGUAAGAUGAUGAAGUCUCGUGUGGUGUCCUCCCUCAUUGUGGACAGAAUUCGUGUAAAACCAGAGCUGAAGCCAGUUGAGAUUAUACACGAGUUCAAAGAUUAUUAUGGUAUAGACAUUUCAUACUACCAUGCAUGGUUUGGCAAAGAGUUAGCUAAAUUGAACGUUCACGGUGAUGAGUCGAAGUCCUUCAACGAGUUAGUGUGGUAUGCGGACGCCGUAAAGGAAACUAACCCUGGUUCUCUCUGCACUCUUGAAUGUGAAGCUGGAAUUAAUCGCUUUAGACGGUUUUUUGUGUCGUUUGGCGGUUGCAUUGCUGGAUUUCAAUAUUGCAUACCCUUGUUGUUCGUUGAUGCUACGUUUUUGAAGAGCAAGUACAAGGGGCAGCUUCUCUGUGCUUCCGGAAAGAAUGGAAAUCAAGGGUUUUAUCCUCUAGCUUUUGGAGUUGUUGAUUCUGAGACGGAGGAGAAUUGGACUUGGUUUCUUCAACAUUUGGCUUCUAUUUUGCUACCGAUGGGGAGAGUGGUGACCUUUUUCUCGGAUCGCAAUCAAGGUUUGUUAAAUGCAAUGGGGUUUGUGUUUCCUGGAUGGCCUCAUUCUUACUGUUACUAUCACCUCAAACAGAAUUUGAUAUCGAAGUACCCGAAGUCAGGUUAUGGGAAAUCGCUCCAAGACCGUGUUAUCAAUUUAUUUAGUAGGUGCGCAUAUGCUGUUACAGAGGAAGAGUUUACGGUAGCAAUGGAGGAGUUGGUGAUUGUUGGGAGUUCGAAAGUGAAGACAUUUAUAUCUGAUUUGUCUAGAGAUCACUAUGCGAACGCAUAUUUCAAAGGAAUGCGGUAUGGGGAGAUGGCAAAUAGUUUAGCGGAGUCAUUUAAUAAUUGGGUUGGUGUGUUUCGAGAUUUGCCGGUGCUACCUUUGAUAAAAGGGAUUUCGACAGAAAUUGAUGGUAUUGAAUUCUCAACGACUAAUUGA